GCAAAUUGUAGAAUAGUCGAAGUUUGCUACUCAAGGAAGACGAAAAUGAGAAAGAUGCUACUAAUACACUCGUUUCUUGGAGUAUUCAUUUCUUGCUCAGUCUUGACUGCAGCACAGAUUCGAAAUGUUCAUAAUUUUAAAAUUGCUUCUUGGAAUACAAAUGGAGAUCGCUGGAAAUCGGUCAAACGCAUAAUGGACAGUGAAGCUAUUGAUGUUAUGGGAGUUCAAGAAGCCGGCAAAAUGCCAAUACCACUAGCGAAAGUUUUUAUAAUUGGACAUGUUAGUGGAAGAUAUCAGGAAAAUGAAAUUGACAUAGCUGGAAAUGGGAUAACUGAAAUGAUGUUGGAAAAUACUUAUUAUGUUUACUAUUACGAUAGAACUUGUCCAACUUCUGAUCGGGCACAGACAAAAAAACAAAACAUGGCAAUAGUUUCGAGAGAACGUGCUACCGAGGUAUUCCUCCUUCCACCGGAGACUCGUCGAAAUUCCAGAAAUAAAAAAGAAGCCGAAUGCGAUGAGAGGCUUUUCAUAAAUCGACCAACACUUGGUAUUCGAAUUGGGAAUGCGUAUUUCUUUACGCUCCACACGGAACCUACACUUCAAAAUGAAGCCGAUUUGAUAUUGAAUGAAAUUAAUCGCUUUAUGAAUCAAGUGCAUCCCCAAGCGACAUGGAUUUUAAUGGGAGAUUUUAAUCGUGCACCGAAUACAGUGUUGGGCUUGACACAAUUGGGCUCUAGCAUGAAACCAGAAAUCAUAAGUUCGAUUAAAAAAACUCGGGGGGAUAAUGUGUAUGAUUAUGGAAUUGUCGGAGGACCCGAACGACAGGCGACUUCGAUGAAGUCAAUGCAAGUGAAGGUAUUGCCUGAUAGAUUGAAUGGGGGCGUUGGAGGUGAAUUAGCUUCUGAUCAUAAGCCAGUUGUAUUCUAUACGUUAAGAAAGUAAUUUUAUUGUGUGAUUUCAGUUAAUGUUCA